AUGAAAUUAAUUGCACUUUUCUGUUCACUCCUCAUUUGUGUUGCAUUCGUUGCAGCCAAUGAACAAGUCAACUCUGACCUCAAUAUCCAUCAAACUGUGAUUGGAACAUGGACUGAUGGAAGUCGUGGAAAUCGUCAAUACACUCAAUAUGAUGUCACCGUAACCAACGUAUCUGGAAGAAAUAUCAAGAACUUUUUCAUUGAUACUGAUUACACUUUCAAAGUUCGUGAUGGUAAUGCCUUUUGGAAUGUUAUCAGAUUACCAAAUGGAGAUCUUUCACUUCCAUCAUACCAAACAUCAAUCAAUGCAGGUGCCAGCUACACUUUUGGUUUUAUUCUUCUUGGAUCACCAUCAACACCUGCCAACCUUUCUGUCAGAUACCUCACUUAUUUAUAA